GCAAUUAUUCUAAUGUCUGGUGUACUAGGUAGAAAAUGGUCGGGACCUAAAAACGAUCCCUUGAUUUUCAUUGCGAAUCCUGUUGAAGCCGACAUGCCUGGUCACUGGAUGCCUUUGAGCAUCGUCAAGGUCAUCCUUGAGAAGACCACCCCUAAGCCGGUCACUUUCCCAUCGAGGAAACCACUUAAAAUUACCAUGCCUCCAACAACUCCUACUACUACAACAACAGAAGCUCCUACAACUACUGAAGCUUCUACAACGACUGAAGCUGCAACGAUGACUACAGAAGCUGCAACGACUACAGAAGCUGCAACGACUACAGAAGCUGUGACAACUACAGAAGCUGCGACAAUUACAGAAGCUGCGACAACUACAGAAGCUUCUACAACGACAGAAGCUACAACAACUACAGAAGCACCAACAACGACUACAGAAGCUCCCACAACGACUACAGAAGCACCAACAACGACUACAGAAGCUCCCACAACGACUACAGAAGCUCCCACAACGACUACAGAAGCUCCAACAACAACAGAAGCUACGACAACUACGACAACAACAGAAGCAACGACAACUACGACAACCACAGAAGCUACGACAACUACGACGACAACCACUACAACAACACAAGCUCCAUCAACGAAACGGAUGCCAAAACGAGGUUCAACUAGAAAAGAUAAGGACUCGCAUGCCAAUAUGAAUGCGAAAAAAUGAAUUAUUGAAUCUUUUUUAAA